ACCCCUCCUCAGCCGCCCCCAGCCCGUUUGCCACCCGGCUGAUGCGGAAUGCUCCGCGCGGAGGGGUAAACCCGUUCGUCCGCCCUCCUCCUACCUCCCACUUCUUCAUCCGCACCGGACCAACAGCUUUUGGACCAACUAGUCCUUCCACUUCAUCAUCUUGGCGUUCUCUUCAACGGUGCAGGAGGCUGCGGAGUGAAACGGGAGCAAGAAGAAGGCAGCAGGACGCUGCAAUCAGGCGACAACUACUUGCGCCGUAGCUGCGCGGUCCGCAAAAAACAAACAAAAAAAAAAAAGAUUGAUUAAUUAGCAGGCAUCUCCUCGCCCUGUGACCUCGCCCGGACAUGGACUUCCCCGACGAGCUCUUGCUGGCCGAGCUGAGUCACCUGCAGCUUUACAACGACUCCUUCUUCGGGAACAACUUCAGCAGCGCCGACAAUGAAACCGACGCCCUGCUGCCGACCGGAGUGAGGGUCACCAUUGUGCUGGUCUAUAUGAUCGUUUGCGUCGUCGGCCUGGUGGGGAACUUCCUGGUGAUGUACGUCAUUAUAAGGUACACUAAGAUGAAGACAGCCACUAACAUCUACAUCUUCAAUCUGGCUCUUGCUGACUCUUUAUUCCUUGCCACGUUACCAUUCCAGGGCACUGACGUGUUUCUGGGCUUCUGGCCGUUUGGCAACGCUUUGUGCAAAGCGGUAGUGUCCAUCGACUAUUACAACAUGUUCACCAGCACCUUCACGCUGACAGUGAUGAGCAUUGACAGGUAUGUGGCUGUCUGCCACCCCGUCAAAGCUCUGGACAUGAGGACGCCUCACAAGGCCAAGGUGGUGAAUAUCUGUGUGUGGGUGUUGGCCUCAGCCUUUGGAGUUCCAGCCAUGGUGAUGGGGAACGUUGAGGAGGAGCAAGAGCAUAACAGCGUCGAGUGCAUCGUCGUCCUACCCGAACCACGAAGUCACUGGGAUCCCGUCUUUGGCACUUGCGUGUUCCUCUUCUCCUUCCUCAUCCCCGUGGCCAUUAUCAGCGUCUGUUACAGCCUGAUGGUCAAGCGCCUACGCAGCGUCCGCAUCCUGUCAGGCUCAAAGGAGAAAGACCGUAACCUGCGGCGCAUCACCAGGAUGGUUCUGGUAGUGGUGGCGGUGUUUGUGGUGUGCUGGACACCCAUCCAGAUCAUGGUCCUGGCUCAGUCGCUGGGUUUCAACCUGAGCAGCUUGUCCACGUUGGUCCUGAUGCACUUCUGCAUUGCUCUGGGCUAUGUUAACAGCAGCCUCAACCCUGUUCUCUACGCCUUCCUGGAUGAGAACUUCAAGCGCUGCUUCCGAGAGUUCUGCCAACCUUCGGCGUUCCUUCUGGACACCCAGCAGUCGGGCCGGAUGAGGAGCCUCGCCCUGGAGGUAGCGGCCGCCUACACUUGCAAGGCCAACGGCGGCGGGCCCGGCGGAGGGACUCCCAAUCCGGCGUGACUAGGCGUGGAGCUUCCCCUGGUGGGGGAAGGUCCCCAACAGAGGAGAGAGACACCAGGGACGGGGAACUCCAACACCGAAUUGACUCAGAUUACAGCUCUCUAGCGGCACGAGCCCCCCCAUCCCCCAACUAUACGAGUGGCCUGGGGUGGGGGGGAGUCUGACGAGGACGAUGGUGCAGAAGGGAAAAGAAUCUGAGAAAACGUUGAGUCGGGAAGACCUUAUGACUGGGAAAAGGUACGACUUGAUCAAAACAAGAAUAGAAUUGACAGCGUGGCGGACAUUUGGAGUGUAGGCGGUGCUUCAUUUGAGAGCGGUUACAUCCUGAUUCUUGGAAUGCUCCACCACUUUGGGGAGAUUACCGCAUGUAUCAGAAGAUAAACCCUAAAUAGGAUUUAUUUUUAAAACCAAUUCCCAUGCUAACAAGCCUCACUGAUUGCAUGUCUAGUCACAGAGACAAAGGCUGGACAUGACUGGAGAAGGCGAUCAAACCACUAAAUUGGUGCUUUGAAGAAGAUUGUAUAUUGACAGUGGAGGUGAAAGGAUCGCAGAUGUCAUUGCUCUAGGCUUGGGAAAGGAAGGAUCAACAUGAUGGUUGAUUGUAUCUUUUGAGGUCAUUUUUUCAGGCCAUCGGGAUGUAUGAAUUCACUUUCUCUAAUCCCUAGUGGGUCUACGGGAUAGAGGUGUUCAAGCUUUAGAUGGAGAUUUUAAAUUGGCUGUGAACAUAUGUGUGUGUGUAUAGAGAUGACAUAAUGGGUCGUAUGAAUGUGACUUCAGCUACAUGAUUAGACCCACUUGAGAAUUCACCAAGUCGAAGCAAUUAUUAUGCUGCAUUCUAGAAAACGGGGGAUUCCAAGGUUUCAGAUCUCCCACUGGGAAAGCGCAAUGGAAUGCUAAUCGAUAGCCAAAGUGGGGGAAUUUAUUUAAAUGCAGCACUUUGUCAUAGCGCAUACUGUAAAUGUAACAAGCUGGGUCAAGUCUUUUUAUUUGUAGUAAUAGCUUCUACUUGAUAUUAUCUUUAAUAGCAAUCUGUUUUGCACGGAAUUUGGUGUGAAGAUAUGUUGCUAUAUUCUUUCCGCAUGCAGUCAUUUGGUUAAAUAGAUCGACAUAAAAAAAAAAAAAAAAAUGUGUUAGCCAGUUAUGAGCUCUCCAUUGUUGUCUUAUUUCUAUUUGCGUUACAAGGAAGAUGUGGAAUCCUCGGAUCCCUCAAGAUCCUUCAUUCAUGUUUUCUGGAAUGCAGCAUCAGUGCCAGAUAACCGUGGGGCUUCUAAUUGAACAGUGACAUUGUUCAGAAUCUGACUUUUUGGCAUAAGGGGCGUGCAUGAUACAAGCCCCGCAUCUUCGGAGGUGCUUUGCGAAUGCUGCGAGGAGGUGCUGUGUUGCAGUUCGCCGGUUCAAGGGUCACUUUUGAGGGUUGGUUUGGGGGCCUCGUUGGAGUGCGACGCACGAGAAGGGGGUCACUAAGCUGGAACCCCACUCCAAGGGACAAAGGGGCUCACUCUCAAUCUCUUCUUAGUGUCUUAAAGCUGACAGUAAAACUUCAACAAAAACCAUAAAGGGUCAUCAUGAUGCUGCACAUUCUUAGUUUAUUUAUACCAGUACAGUACUCUUUUCUUGUCUUGUUUUGAUACUGUGCAUCCUGAUUAGGGCUUUAGGGCACUUGCCACAGAUGUGUUUUUAGUAUUUAUGUAUAAUCACCACUUUUAAUCAUGGCUAAUUGAUUUUAGCCACAUGAUACCCUUUAGGGCUCACAUGCUUGACGUUGGUUGACGGAUGUGAUGAAAAAAAAAGUUUCCAAGACCUGUUGUAUGUAGGUAAUCACUUUCACGUCUCCAGGGCUGGGUUCACACUGCAUGUCCAAUGAACCAAUUGCAAAUUAAUGCCGUCUGAUUUCUUUUACCAACACAAUCCAUUUGCACGUUUCAAGUGACACAUCUUCCAGACCAUCUGUUUUUAUGUUUACAAAACACAUGAAACAACCCACAUGCUCAGAUGCACAAAUUGCACGGAAAUAACACGCACCGGGUAGUUUCAACAUGCAGGUCAACAUGUUGAAUAUAUAAUCAUUCAAAACUCAAACAUUACGGAGCUGAUCAGCCACCUGCCGCCACACCCCAAUUUAAAUGAUGAGUCUACGACCUGCUGGUGUCAAUUAUUUAGCUUAUCUUACUUAAUGAUGAACACACCUCAAAUUAUAUUUACGUCAUAUUCAAUUGUCCACACUUUCAUAGUCGUUUAUAUUUAAAGGUGUUUUUUUUUCAUUCUUAUUUGUGUUUUUUGGACAGACACGAAUGCUCAUACAUCCUCAUUGAUCCGAACUGUCAGUUUACACUGCACUUGCAUUGACACGUAGCUGAUACGUAUCAAAUGUGUAUACAGUGUUUGUCAAAGUCCCGAUUCCGAUCUGAGGAUGUCAGAGUUCAAGCAUUUUUUUUCCUCAUUGUGCUUCCAUGAAGUAUAUCCAAAUUCUGUCACUUGGGAUGAAAAAAAAAGGCACUUGGAUCACUUAUAGUUUAAAUUGUAGUUGAGGAGACAGACUCACCCCACCUGUUCCAUUAGUUUAAAAUAGACACAAUCUAAGCUAUUGAACCAGAGUUCAAUUUCUUACUAUCAGCAUUGUUUUCACAAUUUGUAUUCCAAAUCCACAGACUGAAUCCUUGACAAACAGAGAAUUGAUAAAAGACAAAGGAGUUAAAAUGUGUUAUGGUUUAAAUUUAAAGUUGAAGCAAAAGUCUUGUUUCAAGGUGAACUUCUCCUUUACUCUGUAACCUUUUCACGAGUAGUUCCUCCUGUGUUGUUUGGUGGAUUUCGUUUCUUUGCAUUCAGUUUGUAGAGGAACGUACACUUGCCUUAAGUAUUGGAAUACUGAACAUAUUGUUUUAAUGCUGUUAGUGGAAAGUAUUAUGUCAGCUAAAGUAUCAAUAGAAGCAAAGUUUGUGAUGUUUAUAAUCUCUAUGACCAGUUCCUGGAGUUGAACUUUAAUGUAUCAUUCCAGCACGUUCAUAUAACUGAGAUUCCUGAUUUUAUGGCAACCACGCGGAAGACUCUUUGUCCAAUUGCGACACACAGGCCCAUGGAGGAAUCCCAUGAGCGUCCAGGGAUGAACAGCAUCCAUCUCCAUGGCAGCGGUCAAGAGACAGUGGACACAAUAAUAUGCUUUGCUUUCAGCAAAAAACAAAAAAAAGGGGGGGGGGUGAAUAAUAAUGGAAAUCAUAAAGACAGACGCAAACACCAUUGAGUUAAAGGUGGUGUGUUGUUUGGCUGAGUCAUCCUUUUGUAUGAAAUGACACGUAACCAUGGCAACAAUGAGGUUCCUCUACCAGUAGGUUAAAAUGAGUGACGAUGAAAAUAUAAAACAAACUCCAGCCAUACACCUGGUUAUACAUUUGAUGGUGAUCGCAAGAUGCGAACAUUAUAAUCUGAGAAAAGCGGUGUGGCAUUGUGACUCAAUUCAAAUGCACUUGAUUGAAAGUGUUUUUUGUCCUUAAAGAUCACUGUUAUGUAUCAUUUGGUGUUCUUUUUGUUGUUGCUGUUGUUGUUACGCAAAAAAAAAAAAAAAAAAGCUAAAGAGAACAUGUCAAGAGGGUGCACACGCUGACAUUUACUGCCUGUUAAAUUCCUGUACAUUAUUUCGUACCAGCUGCUUAAAGGUAUUAACACGACUCUGAUCAUUAUUUACCUCUGAUCUCUCGUUCUUCAGUGUUCUCAGUGUGUAGAU